UGAUUUGGAGCAUUUGAUUUCCGAGUUGAACAGAACGCACCAUCCGGAUGUUGUGGACGGGGGUAAUGGCGGCGCGCAUCACGAAGCUAACCUCGUAAAAAGACAGCAAAUAUCACCCCGCGUUUGGUGUUUAUGAAAUUUUCAUAGUUCGACCAUGUCGGUGUUGGUGGAGGGCAGCCACGGGUGGCUUUUGGACGCGCGUUCGCUUAUCGACAAGGGUUACGUGCGCUGUUUAAAACGGCAAGGCGAGCUGAAAGCAGAACUAAUGGAGGCGCGCUUCAAAAGCACGUACUUCCAGAUUUCAAAGAGGCACGGGAUUCAUAAUAAUCAUGAUAAAUCACAUUCAGAUCACCAGGACCCCUCGCAAAAGCCAGAAAGACCACCAAAGAAGCGGAAGAGAAAGAAGCAGAGCGAAUUCAACCAGGGCGAGAUUGAGGCCAUGGCCUUUCACCAGAAGGUCCGAUGCCUCAUUCUGGAGGGCACCGAGGCCCUGGUGGAGUCUGCCAAGAUUCUGGGCUACCUUGAGGGCGGGACGGACGCGGUGAAGGACCCCCUCCCCUGCCGGGAGUGCAACUUGGCCAGCUUGUGCGACAUGGCCAAGGAGCUCCCGUCGUUGGACGACGACGGCGAGGACGUGAGUUGCGUUCAGGUACUUGACGGCACGUCCCACCUGGACCUGUUCGCCCGCGUGACGGAGAACCCGGCAGAGCACGCGGCGGUGACGAUGCUGAUGGGGGAGGAGUACGUCAUCCCUCCUCGCGCGGCGUUCCUGCUGUCUGAUUUCUCCCGGAUGCAGCCGCUCCUCCGAUACGGGCGCAAGUUUGACGUCAUCGUCUUGGAUCCGCCGUGGGAAAACAAGUCUGUGAAGAGGAGUCGCAGAUACACGUGCUUGCCAUCGUCGCAGCUAAAGCGACUCCCCGUAUCCGUCUUGGCAUCCGCCGGCAGCCUGGUGGUCACCUGGGUGACCAACCGGCCCAGCCACUUGCGCUUCGUUCGCGACGAGCUGUACCCGCACUGGGGGGUGGAGGCCGUGGCCCAGUGGUUCUGGGUUAAGGUUACCGCGGACGGUCAGUUUGUGUUUCCGCUGGAUUCUCCGCACAAGAAGCCGUACGAGGUGCUGCUCCUGGGCCGCUACGCCGCCGACUCCCAGUCGAGCCCCGCAGAGCGGCGCGGCGGCGCCCCCCCUGUGCCGGAUCAGCGGCUGGUCGUCAGCGUGCCUUCGGCUCUCCACUCCCACAAACCCUCGCUAGCAGAGGUGCUGAAGCCGUACAUCAAAGCGGACGCCGAGCGCCUGGAGAUGUUCGCCCGGAGCCUCCAACCGGGCUGGACCAGCUGGGGCAACGAGGUGCUCCGAUUCCAGCACGCCAGCUACUUCGCGCUGACUCCUCGCGGCCGCCGAGCGCCGCCGCCGCCUCCCUCCGGCCAGCGGCGAUCCAUUUGGAGCGUCGGCGGGUUUUGACGAGGGACUCGUUUCGCUCGCUUUCGCGCGGCAGGACGCGAGCGGGCGCUACGGUGGCCUUACAGGCUUAAAAAGGUCAAGUAUGAUUUUUAUUUUGAAAAACAAGUACAUAGGCAGGGAAGACUGUAACUUCCGCUAACCACCCAGGCUAAGUUUAGCUCUUCAUUGGCAUACACGGAUGUUAAAGUGAGAUUUGUCACUUGAACAUGCUUCCUUGACACCAAUUACUACUUUCCUAUUCGUCAGGGCUUAGGCUUUAUGUGGACCACUGUUGUGCCCAGUGUAACGUCCAAAAAAACCGCAUGCUUGACUCACUUCUGACACUCAUUGCACUCUUUUGUCCUAGCUAGCUGGAAAAAAGUGACGCAAGCGGUCGAAGCGAGACCAGAAUCGGCGUUCGUGGAUGGAACAGGCGGUGAGGAACGCUGCUUAUCCCCAAAUGAAGGAAGGAAAGCCAUUUUUAAAAAAAGAAUCCAAGGAACUCUCCUGUUUUUGAGGAUUG